GUUUCCGAAUGUGCUACUUGCAAUAACCACUGCAAUCGCAAGCGCCGGUGCGGCGCCCAUACACCGGGGCAUGAAAAACGACCCUCUGGUGUUCAUCUCGAACCCUAUAGAAUCCGAGUUUCCUGGACACUGGAUCCCCGAGAGUAUCCUCAAAAGAAUUUUAAAUAGACCAAAUAACCCAUCUACAAAAGAACCGUUGAAAUCUACAAAACAACGAUUGCAGAGAGCUACAAAAUCUAUUAUCCGACCCAGAACUAAAAAAACAACAUCUAAGGAACCUACAAUUCAAACAACCACUCCCGGAACAACAACGCCAAAACCAACCCCAACAACAGCGACAACAACAACAACAACAACGACGACGACGACGACGACGACGACGACAACAACAACACCACCUACAUCGUCAACAGCAACAGAAUCAGCAACAACAACAGAACCAGAAACAACAACAACAGAACCAACCACAACAGAACCAGAAUCAACAACAGAACCAACAACAACAGAACCAGAAACAACAACAACAGAACCAACCACAACAGAACCAGAAUCAACAACAGAACCAACAACAACGGAACCAACAACAACCGAACCACCAACAACAACAGAACCAACCAUAAAAACGGAACCAAACACAAAUAUAACGCCAACAAAACCAUCACGUCAUAGCAGAUCAAGAACAACCUACGAAAAUUCCAGUGGAGGAGAUGGGGUAAAUGGAUGA